AUGGCUUGGGUCUUGUGCCGACGAGAAGUUCCGUAUCAUCCACCACCAAAUUCCCUACCUCGCAUCUUAUUCAUUCGUUCGGUUGCGUCGGGGUUCGGCUUGGCUAAUAUCAGGGUGGCUUAG